AUGUCUCUCGAGCUGUACCACACUGCACACAACGCCGGCCAGACCACCGUCGUACUAAUCCAUGGCGCCUUGGUAUCUGGUCUCUACUGGGAUCUGGUGAUCCCCCACCUCACGUCUUACCACCUCCUGGUCCCAGACCUUCCAGGCCAUGGCAAGUCCGCCAGCGCGCCGUUUUCAGUGGAUCUCGCAGCGCGACAGAUUGCCCAGCUGAUCCGCACACACGCGAAUGGUUCAGCGCACAUUGUCGGCCACAGUCUGGGUGCUCAGGUCGCUAUCCGCCUGGCCUGUACCGAACCAGAUGUGGUGAACUCGGUCUUCAUCUCGGGUUUUGGAAUGUUCCCUCAAACGUCACUCACGCCGUAUAUUCCAUACGCAGCGUGGGCGAUGCCGCGUGUGGAGAACUGCCUUGGCCGGCCUCUUAUCAGCUGGGCAAUGGAUGGUGCCGACAUCCCACGUAUUGAUACCAAUGUCUGUACACUUGACCUGUGUCGCCAGAUUGUCUCACCGGAGGAUCCUACACAGUGGCCAUCACCAUGGCCUGCGCGCACUCUGAUUGUUGCAGCGGGGAAAGGGGGGUUAGUGCCUACAAAGGAUAGCCCGGGUGAUGCUGUGAAGUUGAUGGUGAUCGGGAGAGAGCUGAAUGAAGAGACUAUCGCGUACACGCACUUGAAAAUGCGACAUCCGUGGAAUCGUCAGGAUCCGCGGCUAUUUGCAGCGACUGCCGCGGCGUGGUUUGAACAUAAGGAGCUUCCCGAGGGCUUUGUCAAGCUUUAG